GGGCUGAGGAGUAAAUUCUGUGCUGGACAACUCGCUGGCAGUGACAGAGCACCUGUACUGCGAAGAAUGGAGAGAGGGUUUGAGGGCGGUUCACACGUACAGAAGUAACAGAAAUGUUCACUACUUAAGGCGCAAAAUGAAGCGGUUUGUUUUAAUUUAUAUGUGGCUUGCUGGGGAUUUUCAACUAGUCCUUGGUGUUGGUUUAAUAGACACACCGUUUCUUGGAUCUAAGGAUUCUCCCAGAGUACUCAGCAAAGGUAUAAUCAGUGGUGGAUUUAAAUACCAAAUGAAUCAGAACCACACUGUGUUCUUCUAUGACGAAGACUCUGAGGAGAUGUAUGUUGGAGGGACUGAUUUUGUGUUACAACUUGAUGUGGAUAACUAUCGUAUCAUAGAGAACUUUUCUCUGAAAACACCGGGGGAACAGUGCCAAGAGGGCCCCUGUGAAAAUGUCAUCACUGUCAUUGAGAAGUUUCAGGACGACCUGUUUGUCUGUGGAACAAAUGGACACAAACCACAGUGCUGGAAGCUUUUUUCUUCAGUGAACAAUCAGUCUUAUGAAAUAGUGGAGGGGACGGGCAUCUCUCCGUUCGUGUACACACAUAACUCCCUAUCUCUCACAGUGGAGGGGGAUCUAUAUUCAGCAGCACCUUUGGAUAUUGAUGGAAGCUCAUUACAAUUCAGAAGGAAAGCUGGCAACAGAGCUAAUGUCUGGAUGUAUGACAACUGGGUCUCAGAGCCUACAUUCAUCUCUGCGUCCUGGGUGAAGCGGGAGGAUGACCCUGACAAUGAGAAAAUAUACAUCUUUUUUCGUGAAAAGAACUCCGAUCACAACCGGGAGGCUGACCCCUGGAUAUCUAGGGUUGCCAGAGUUUGUAAGGUAGAUGAAGGCGGAUCAAAAAGAUUCUUCCAGAACAUGUGGACAUCUUUCCUCAAGGCCCGGCUUGUCUGUGGGUUUCCAGAGGAGUCACUCUAUUUCAACCGUCUCCAAGACAUUUAUGUGAUGCAAGCCGAGGACUGGCAUGACACUAAAGUCUAUGCCCUUUUCACAAGCAGCUGGAACUCCACAGCAGUGUGCAUCUAUUCAGUAGGAAUGAUUGAAGAAAUAUUUGAGAACUCAACUUUCAAGGGCUACAACAAAGACAUUCCUAAACCAAGGCCAGGAACAUGUGUAAAAAACAGCCGGAGCCUGCCACUGGCCACUGUCAACAUGGUGAAGGAUUACCCAGAAAUGACUGACUGGGUUCAGUCUUUGCAUCAUACAGCUCCAUUUUAUAUAAGCAGCAACAAUUACACCAAGAUAGCUGUGGACCGAGUCCAGGCGGCAGACCAGCACAUGUAUAACAUUCUGCUUCUAGCCACUGAUUCUGGGAAGAUCCAUAAAGUGUUAGAAGCUGGGUCAGAACCUUUUAUCAUCUCUGAAACACAACUCUUCAGCAGUUCAACCAUACAAUCACUGAAGCUUGACUCCAAAAAGAAAAAGCUAGUGGUGGGUUUUUCAGACAAAAUUUAUACCGUGGACCUCCAGAGGUGUGAGGAGUACAAUGACUCCUGCUCAGAUUGUGUUCUGGCCCGGGACCCGUACUGUGCCUGGACGAAGUUUGGAUGCACCCCGACUGUCCCUGGAGGGAUUCAAAAUGUCAUGGAUGGACAAAUGAGCGUGUGCUCUACAUCAGCAGGAGAACAAAAGCAAAUAAACCGGACCAAACGAGAGACAGCUUCUCUAUCACCAGUGAAUUUGAGGAUAGCUCACUCGGUCCCCCUGGGUGUCCCUUUCUAUCUGUCAUGUCCUAUAGACUCUUACCACGCUGCCUACACCUGGGAGCAUGGAGGCCAGAGCCGCCCUUGUCUGCAAAUGCAGUCUGACUGCCUGCACCUCAUCCCUGCCAUGGCACAAGAGAACUAUGGCAGCUACGAGUGUGUUUCCAAAGAAAAAGACUACACCAAAGUGGUGAAAAAGUAUCAGCUUACAGAGCAAAUGAUCCCAGAUACAAAGAACGGAAACACUCCCCCUUGGAAAUUUAAUGAUGCAUCAACUGUUGUGCCGCAGAUAGUAUGGAUCACCCUUGGACUGUCUGUAGCAGUGUUGAGGAUUUUCAGAUAAGGUGUGCUAGGGCUGUGCCAUAUCGUAUUGUUCACAAUGAUAUCAGUAUAUUUUUUAAUAAUAAUAAGAAGAAGAAACUUAUUUAUAGAGCACUUUUCAAAACAAAGUACAAUAGCACUGGUGGCCAGUGCUAUCCUGUAUGCUGUUGCAUGCUGGGCCAGCAGGUUGAAGGUAGCGGACGCCAACAGACUCAACAAACUGAUCCGUAAGGCCAGUGACAUUGUGGGGGUGGAGCUGGACUCUCUGGCGGUGGUGUCAGAGAGGAGGAUGCUGGCCAAACUACAUGCCAUCUUGGACAGUGUCUCCCACCCACUCCAUGACGUGCUAGUCAAACAAAGGAGCACCUUCAGCGGAAGACUCAUCCCACCAAAAAGCACCACAGAGCGCCACAGGAAGUCAUUCCUGCCUGUGGCCAUCAAGCUCUUUAACUCCUUCCUCUAAGGGUUAGUCUGUAUGACCCUAGGUCACUAAACUGGACAUUGUUCAUUACAUCUCUGCAGUAAUUGAAUAAUUGUGCAAUAUUCUGGGUACUACUCCCGUGCAAUAUUAGUUUUCCCAUGUUAGUUUUUCUUAUUUAUUGUUAUUGAUAUUAUUAUAUACCUCUAUUACUCUCGACAGUACAUGCACCUCUGCUUAUUACUUAUUUUGUUACAUUGUAUUAUUAUACUGUACUAUCAUCAUCAACCGGUAAACCCACUUGGUACUUGACACUUAGUUUAUCUUAUACUUAUACCGACCUGAUACUUAAUUUAUUUUCUGACCUGUUUUUAUAGUGUUUUAUAGUGUAUCAUAUUGUUUGCUAGUACUUUCUCCCGUGUGCUCUGACGUAAAGGCGAGCUACUGUAACAUAGAGUUUCCCUACGGGGAUCAAUAAAGUAUUUCUGAUUCUGAUUCUGAAAGUGCUUCACAGAGGGAGAAAUAAACUUGAACUUGUACUAAUAUGAUCAAAAUAAUUCAUAUUGUGAUAAAGGAAAUAUUCCGAUAAUAUGUAAGACGUGCAAGAAGACUGUAAUAACAUAAGGGGUCAAUACAACAAACUUAUGUCACCAUCUCAAGCAGAAGCACCCAGUUGGUACUCAACCAAGAGCCAAGAAUCGUCAAGAAUACAUUAUCGCAGAAAUACCCUGAAAUAUCAUGAUAUUAUUGUAUGGCCAUAUCGCCCACCCUGUGCACAAAUUACUAUUUAAACUCUACACUCCUUUCUCUUUGAAAAGUUCUGUUCGAUCACACUAGGGCGCAGGCAGCACUAAAGGAAAUCCACCCUAACACCAAUGCAGCUUGCAAGUCAACAGUUCAAGCAGGAUCACUCCCGCCGUGAGCAUAGCUGUGGCUUACCAUAGGUUUUCUGUCUACCGGAACAUGCUGUAGCCAAGUUUAUAAUAAAAAGAGAAGCCAGAACAGCAAGAGGUCGAUGUCAUGGAGGGAGAAAACAGCACAACCAGUAAGCAGUAGAGCAUAAUUUGAAUGAUCUGAAGAGCCCUAAUGUUGUUUGUUUUGAUCAGCCAAUGAAUUCAGCAUCCUGCAUGAAUUACUUAGUUAUUAGGGAAGGUAUAAGAAGUAAUCUGAAGUAAUCCUUUUACAGUAAGAAGGACGCAGUCUGUGUAUGACAGUAACACUUAAACCAAAGCACAUCACUAAAAUGUUGUGAUCAUGAGUACAUAGUAAGUAGACAUUGUGUAGUUGGCGUGGUGUAGUAGUAGGGCGUGCACUUGUUAAGGCCAGCUCUUAGCUCUUUACACCAUUAGAGGUUUAAAGUUCCUGUGUAAAUUUCCUCUGUGCCCCACCCCAGUGCACUGAUUAUUUAUAUCAGUGUUUAGGGAAGGGUGGAGGCAGCCAGGGACCGUCCUCGAACUUUCCUGUUUUGUCUCCCAUUAAUCAGUGAUCAGAGAGAUGUUUGAAAAAUGUGCAAUGAAACGUAUUUUGCUGUGGAGCAGAUAAAGUCUAACUUCAAAAAUAAUAAGCACCUUAUUUAAUUUACACAUACAUUUUGGCAAAAAUGUGUGUGUGCUUUAUUGCUUAUGAAUUACAGAGACUGUUAUUUCUUCCUUCAAAAGAUACAUAGUCUUAAACAAGAAACGACUACUAAGUUAAAUAUAUUUAUUGUGUAAAUAGUAUUUUGGUAUGAUCUUAACUUUUAUUUUAUUGCUAAAUAUAUAAUGUUUAAUACUGGAUAUUUUAUAUGUGCAUUAUGUGUUUUGCAUAAUGAUUGCUUGAAAAUUCUACUCAAAGGAUGUAAGUGGAUAUUGUUGAUUUUCUAAUCAUUAAAAUAAAAAAAAUGGAGCUGAAAAUCCAUAACAUUG